AUGGUCCCAGCAGCCGCCAGCAAACCGGCCGACGAGCCUUCAUCGUCCUCCUCGUCGCCAGUGAGGGCGGUGCAGCUUAACAAUCAGGAGGGACAGCAGGUUCAACAGAAACAGGCGACUGCAUCCACACAGAAGAAGAAACCGGAUAACUCUCUACGAUACCCCUUUUGGUUUGGAGGCAGUGCCAGCAGUAUGGCGGCCUGCGUAACUCAUCCCCUGGACCUGGGUAAGGUCCGCCUUCAAGUCCGCCGUCCCGAUGCCCCCAAGAACAUGGUUGGCACGUUUGCCCACAUUGUCCGUAACCACGGAGUGACCGGUCUCUAUAACGGCCUCUCUGCCUCCCUCCUCCGCCAGAUGACCUACUCAACUGUCCGCUUCGGUGCCUACGAAGAGAUGAAGGUCCGCAUGACCCGCGAGAACGGCGGCAAACCCCCGAAAUUCCCGGUACUCGUCGCAUUGGCCUCGGCGUCCGGCUUCAUUGGCGGCAUAUCUGGCAAUGCCGCUGACGUGCUUAACGUGCGUAUGCAACAGGACGCCGCUCUCCCACCCGCAGAACGCAGGAACUACAAGCACGCCCUGGAAGGCAUGCUGCGCAUGGCGCGCGAGGAGGGCAUCAUGAGCUGGUUCAGGGGUGUCCUGCCCAACAGCAUGCGCGCGGCGGCCAUGACGGCGUCGCAGCUUGCAUCGUAUGAUACCUUCAAGGGAAUGCUGAUCCGGCAUACACCCAUGGGCGAUAACCUCACCACGCACUUCACCGCGUCGUUCUUGGCGGGCGUGAUGGCCGCGACGGUUACAAGCCCCAUCGACGUCAUCAAGACUCGCGUCAUGUCUGCGAGCACGCAAGAGGGGCUCGCGCAUACCCUGGCCAACAUUUACAAGCACGAGGGCCUGGGGUGGAUGUUCAAGGGCUGGGUGCCCAGCUUCUUGAGACUUGGACCUCAAACCAUCUGUACAUUUGUCUUCCUAGAAUUUCACCGCACAGCCUAUAGAGCGGUGGCCGACGUUGGCGGAGACGACGCCAUCUAG